GCUCGGCGCUGGGUUCGGCGCCCCUCGUGUGUGAGGAGCCGCGACCCGCCGGUCGCGGUGUCCCGGGAAGGAGCCCGGGUAGGAAUCCGGGAAGGAGUGCUCCGCCCCGGCAUUCAAAAGGGAUGUUCUUGCUGAUUCAAGACCAAAUAGUUCUGUCCAGGACUCUACACUGGGGAUAAGGACAUGGGACUCCUGCCAGAUUCCAGAUGGUUCAUCACAACUGACAUCUUGGCUGACAACUGUGAAAAAGAUCUUCGGAUUAUUCUAUUUUAUUUUUGUGGGAGACCGCAGUCCCCAAACUCUAGGACGUAUCAGGUUCCAUAUUUCUUGUAGAAUUUUAAAGUAACCUUUUCUAAUGAGGAUGUCUGAUAUUCUUACUGUAAAAGAUGAAACUGAUGCAAUGAAGGGUUCAGAAGCUGAAUUUAAAGAUACAGACCCAGUUGAAAACCUAAAAAAAUCAGGAAGUCAGGAACAGAUUCAAGUGGAAAAGGAUGAAAAUUGUCCUGAUAACAAAAACAAUAUGCCGCGGCCAGCGCAGUCCUUUGGACAGACGGCCAAAAGGUCCAAGUCAAACACAAAGUUAAAGUUAGUUCGGAGCCUUGCUGUAUGUGAAGAAUAUCCACCACCUCCCACAGCUGAAAUAUCACAGGACCUCCAGGAGAAAAUUCAGAUCCAGUUGUCACAGUCUUUUGAAAAAGAAGAAAAACCUGCAAAAGAUGAAUCAGAAAAGGAAAAAUCCAGUGAUAAACUGUUCAGAAAAAUGUUAUCAAGAGAUUCCAGCCAGGAGUAUACAGAUUCCACUGGUAUAGAUCUUCAUGAAUUUUUAGUAAAUACAUUAAAAAACAAUCCCAGGGACAGAAUGAUGCUGCUGAAAUUAGAACAGGAAAUUUUAGAUUUCAUUGGUAAUAAUGAAGUACCAAGAAAAAAGUUUCCCCCAAUGACAUCUUACCAUAGAAUGCUGUUGCACAGGGUAGCUGCUUACUUUGGAUUAGAGCACAACGUGGACCAGAGUGGGAAGUCAGUCAUAGUAAAUAAAACUAGCAAUACAAGAAUACCUGACCAAAAGUUUUGUGAGCAUAUAAAGGAUGAGAAGAGCGAUGACUUCCAGAAGCGGUACAUCCUUAAGAGAGAUAACUCUAGUUUAGACAAAGAUGACAACCAGAUGAGAAUACGAUUAAAAGAUGACAGAAGAAGUAAAUCCAUAGAAGAACGUGAAGAAGAAUAUCAGAGAGCUAGAGAAAGGAUAUUUGCACAAGAUUCCCUGUGUUCCCAAGAGAAUUAUUUCACUGAUAAAAGAAUCCAGGAGGAAGAAACUAAUAGUACACAACAAAGACGACAGAUACUUAGAAUCAAUAAGGAGGCAUCGGUGAGAUCAGCCAACAGCCACCAGAGCAGCACGGAGACCGAGCUGCGGUACUGUGAGCCGCGGCCCUGGAGCAGCACCGACUCCGACAGCUCCCUGCGCAACCUGAAGCCCGCGGUCACCAAGGCCAGCAGCUUCAGCGGCAUCUCGGUGCUGACCCGUGGGGACAGCUCUGGCAGCAGCAAGAGCACGGGCAGGCUGUCCAAGACAGGUUCAGAGUCUUCUAGUAGUGUAGGGUCCUCCACGGGUUCUCUCUCUCACAGCCAGCAGCCUCUUCCAGUGCCAGCUCUAAGCCAGCCCUCUCCUGGCACGCCUGCCGUGUAUCCAACUGUCAGCUCUAGUAACUCUCUUUCCUUUGAUGGUGGCAUGAGCGGGCAAGUGGCACCUGCUGCUAGCAGUAGCUUCUUUCUGCUUCCCUUGGAAGCAGCGGGCAUCCCGCCUGGCAGUGUGCUGGUCAACCCUCAAACAGGUCAGCCGUUCCUCAAUCCCGAUGGCACUGCAGUUGUGUACAACCCUCCCCUGCCUCAGCAGCCUGUUAGGACCCAAGUGCCUGGAGCUGCACCUCAGCCAGCCCUGCCCAGCCCUGGCCAGCACCAGCCCGGAGCUAACCCCAUCCUCUCACAGCCUCUGCGGGCUCUGCAGCCUUCCUCCCAGCCUGUCCAGUACUCUGCAGUGUCGUACCCACCCCCGCUCCUGCCAGCCUCCUCUGCACAGCAAUACUCUGUGCAAGACAACCUGGGAUCGCAGUUCAGCCACCUGAGCCUGGCGCGGCAGCCCCCGGCCGAAGGCGCCGAGCCGGGCCCGGCGCUGUUCCAGCCCGGCGUGGUGCUGCAGCCCCCGCAGCAGCCCGGCUACAUCCUCACCGCCGCACCCGCCGCCGCGCCCGCGGCACAGCCCGCGCCGGCCUACUCGGGCCCCGGGCACGCCGUGGGCCAGCCCGUGCUCCCGCAGCAGGGAUAUGUGCAGCAGCCCGUGCCACAGAUGCCACCCUGUUAUUGUACCCCCAACCAGUACCCACACUCCAGCCAGCAGUACCGCCCUGUUUCUGUCCAUUACAGCACGCAGCAGAACCAGGCCCUACCCCAGCCUGGCCAGCAGACAGGUUACCAGAUUUUGCCCAACCAGCAGCAAAACUACCAGGGUUUAGUUGGAGUUCAGCAGUCUCAGAAUCAAAAUCUAGUCAGUGGCCAACACAACAACAUUGGGAAUCAAAUUCAAGGUGUGAUUGUUCCAUAUCCCUCAGUGCCAUCUUAUCAGGUUUCGGUGCCUCAAGGUUCCCAAGCAGUGCCCCAGCAGACAUAUCAGCAGCCUGUUAUAAUUCCCAGUCAGUCCAGCCAAGGGCUGCCCACCACAGGAAUGCCAGUGUACUACAGUGUCAUUCCAUCCGGUCAACAGAAUAAUCUAAGUUCAUCUGUAGGAUAUUUGCAGCCUCCUGGAUCAGACCAGAUGCAGUUUCCUAGAACAUCAUCACCAUGCAACUCACAGCAGCUUCAAGGACAGCAGUGUGCAGUUUAUAGCAACCAUUCAAGUCAGAAGCCAUCACCUCCUACAUUAUUGCCACCUUCAUCCAAGUCAAAGCCACAGCAGGCUGCUUCCAUUGUGCACUACAGCAUAGUGUCUCCACCCUCAUCAUGUAAAAGCUCACCCACUGGUCUUUCCAUCAUGCAGCCAAAAAAAGCCGUGGCGCCGCCGCCCUCCGGGGGGGUGCUGAUGAUGCAGCUCAACGUGCCCGGCAGCGCCGCGCCGCGGAACCCGUCACCGCCACAGAGGAAACCCGGCAAGUACUACUGUGAUCACCCCCGCGGGCACAAGGCCACGGAACUCAGCACUUUAGACGGUGCUGCACAGCUGCAGCAUAGUCCUCAACUGGGCAGCCCUGUCACCUCACCGGCCCAAUCACCAGCACCAGCCCAGCUGUCAAACAUGAAGAACAUCCGUCCCACACUGACACCUCUGUCUAUUGUGUCCCAGUUUUCUAGACCUUUUGUCCCUGGACAAGGAGAUGCCAGAUACCCAUUGCUUGGCCAACCCCUGCAAUACAAUCCAUCUUUAUUACGUGGACAAGUAUCAAGCCAACAGUGUCAGCCUGGAAACAGACACGGAAACAGGGGAAAGAAACCAGCAAAGAAGGCUGCUUCAGCAGAUCUUGGUGCAGGAGAACCAGUUGUGGGGAAAGUUCUAGAAAUUACUGAGCUGCCAGAAGGCAUAACUCGUAUGGAAGCAGAGAAACUCUUUGGAGAACUGUUGAAAGUGGGUGCCAAGAUCCGGUGGCUGCGGGAUUCCCAGUGCCUGCAGACACAGCAGCAGCGGCGGUUCUGCGGGGACGGCGGCACGGAGCCCUCCCGCGCCGGGGACCUGGCGUCCACCUACACGGUUCUGGCCACCUUCCCCAGCAUGGCGGCCGCGCAGAGCGCACUCAAGAGACAGAGCAGUACCUCAGUGAGCAAGUUCCGCCUGAGAACCAGCAAGAAGCACUACGACUUCCACGUCCUGGAGAGGGCCAGCUCGCAGUAGCAGUUACACCGCUGGACACUCGGCCUUUGCUACUUCCAUGUCCUCCCUCCUCGAUUGGUUUGAUGUCAUGGGGUUUCUGUUCUCUUCAUAGAGACUCCUGGGAUGUUUUGUCACAUGACAUUUGCCAUUGAAGAAUAAAUAACCCAGUGAAUCCAGCAAGAUGAAAAAAAUUUACAGAGUUAAUCCCAGACAAUAGCAAGGAAUCAUCUUUGCGACAGGCAGCUUUCUGUAAGGAAUGCUGCUGAAAUGCCCCCUACUUUUAUAGUAGUUUUGUUUUAUAUUUUUGAAAUCUUGUAUCAGAUCCAAAGUUCUAUUGUACAGCAGAUGUUCAUAAAAAUCCAUAUGCAGAUUUGUAUUUUAUAAUCCCUUUUCACAGCCAGCACACAGCUAUCCAUUCCAAGGCAGGAACCUGAGGAUUGGUGGUGGGGAAAAGAGAACCAUUCUUAAGGAAUUAUAUUAAUUUUCUAGCAAACUACCCAAGAUCUUCAAGUUAACCUGUUCUUUGUCCCUUGUGUGGGGUUUUUUUUUGUUGUUGUUGUUUUUUCUUUUUCUUCUUUUUCUCUUGUUUUUUCUUUUUUUAAAGAAAAAGAGAUUAUCAUUUUAGUAACUGACUCCUUAGGUGGUCCUUGUGUUUUGCAAUACAUUCAAACAAUGUCAAAAGAGAUUACAAGUUUCUACCCUUGAAGAAUUUGCUUCAGAUCCAGCAAGCUUAAUAACUACUAGAAGGGGAUUAUGAAUAGGUUACAAAAAAUGUUCACUGUAUCACAUUUUAAUAUUUCUUUUUAACAAAAGUGUGAAGAAGCUUUAUGUAUCUUCAUACAAGUGACAAAAUGUUUGCACUUUAAUUGUGUUCCCACCAGUAUGGGUCUCUUUCUCUUCCUUUUCACGCUAAGAUAAUUGUGUUUGAUAAGUGCUGGAAACCUUUUUAAUGGUUUAAGUUUUCAUCAUUUGCAGAUGCUCACUGGACAUUAAAGAUUCAUUGCACAUAAAUGAAACAAAACUUUUUUCAACUUGUGUAAUUUGCAAGUCUGUACAAUGUGUGCUGAUGCAAGCCUUUUUCAGUUCAAAAGAAUAAAUGUUUACAAACACAAA